AUGGGCGACCAUCCUUUCAUCUCCCCAGGACCAGGCGACCUCCGCUCGCCAUGCCCAGCGUUGAAUACGCUUGCCAAUCAUGGGUAUAUACCGCGGGACGGAAGAAAUUUACACUUUUGGCAACUCGUCAAAAUCCAGACGGAAGUGUUCAACAUCAGCACUCCUCUUGCUGUUUCUCUCGCUUUCGAGGCUAUAUUCCUUUGCGGGAAUGGCAUGACUUGUGAUAUGAAGCAAUUACGAAAACAUAAUCAUAUCGAGCACGAUGCAAGUCUCAGUCGACUUGACGCCCCAGGAAACUCUUGGUCUCGUAACCCACAUCUCAUCCAUGAAAUGAUGUUCAGAUUCUCAUCACCCAAGGGGUUGACGUUCAAUGAUAUCGCCAAAGUCAGAGUCGCUCGCGAAAAGUUACUCAGGACGAAAACAGGCCGAUUAGACUUCUUUCAUAAUAGGAUUGCUCUGGGAGAGGCGUGUUUGGUCAUUGGCGUUUGGGGUGAAGGUGGUGGCGAGGAUUUUUCGAAAAGAACUGUGUCGACUGAACGUAUUCGGUCGUUCUUCCUCGAAGAGCGUUUCCCAGCGGAUUGGAGACGACCCACCUACCAACUUGGAUUCCUUCAAACGGUCAAUCUAGGCGGUCAACUUCGAGCGAUAAUGGACAGCGUCAUCAAUAAAGAGAGAAGUGAUGCUACCAGCGGAAAACUUGUGAGAAGGACGGUGACGUUUGAUGGGGUGGAUUAUGAGUUGAGUCAUUCGCAUGAGGGGGAAGAGGAUGUCCAUGCAAAUGGGGAUGCGCAGUCGCAUGUGCAUACGAAUGGUGGAGUGCCACAAAAAGUGGUCGAGGCGUCGCAGUAG